UAUAUUAUAUAUAUACUAUAUUUCUAGCUACAUUUGUGCACAACAAAAAAUAAUUUAACGAAAUGUCGAAUGCUUCAGGCUUUAACUUUGAUAACGUUAGACGCAACACAUUCCUCAAAAAGGAGGGGUUUGAAGAGCCAAAGCCCUUCACUACCGGAAGCACUAUUGUGGGCUUACUUUACAAAGAUGGCGUCAUACUGGGCUCUGAUGAGCAAGCUACAUAUGAUAAUGUUAUGAUAUCGCAUCAGAGCCAGAAGAUACAUCGUCUACAAAAUAAUAUAUAUUGCGGGGCUGCGGGUAUAUCGGCCGAUGUUGCUUCGAUUGUCUGGUUGCUUCAGUCCCAAAUGAGGCUGCAUUAUUUGGAGCUUGAGCGACCGGUGCCUGUGAUCUGUGCCAAUACAUUUGCGAGGAAGACCCUUUUCCGUUAUAAUGGGAAUAUUAUGGCCAAUUUGUUGAUUGGGGGAGUCUCGAAAGGCAAAGCGGAGCUUUAUUGCACCUGGUUUGAGGGCUGUUCCGAAAGGAUUCCCUUUGCAAGCUUGGGCUCAGGCCUUCUGGCAGCCAUGGCGGUCCUCGAGGCCCAGUGGAGGAGGAACUUAGCAGAGCUCGAUGCAUUACAGGUUGUCUAUCAGGCGGUGGCCGCCGGCAUUGGAAGCGAUCCGAAUUCGGGCGACAACAUAAACAUCGUGGUUUUACGCUGUGAUGGCAGCGUCGAACAAACCACUUUUCCCAUUGGCUCGGUUUUUCCGAAUUGCCGAAUGGCUUCUACCUCAUCGAGUAGUUCAAGCGAAUCAAGUCUGCCUAGUCGCUCAUCUAGCUCGUCGGUCUUUGAGAUUGUCACCGAGAAGGUUACCUACAAGUUGAGCAAACAAAACUGCAAUGGUGAAGAUGAAAACAAAUGCGAUGAAGAAAUUCCAGAUCCCACACAGCACAAAGCGGCUCCUAAGCGUUCUGGAGACCCAUCAGAUGAUGAGCCGCCGAUGAAGAAGCGACGUUGGGAGUAAGCGGUCGUGAAUUAUAUCUUACCAUGUAACCAUGGCAAAUAGUUCGUUAAUUUUAAUAUAGCAUUCCACAAAACGUA